GCAGAGGCAGAGCAGGACUAGUCUCACUCAGGGCAGAAUACACACAAUAUUAGGACAUGAACACUCUCAUCCUCUCCUCUCUGCUGUGUUUGGUUGUUAGCGCUUUAGGUGUCCUGGGAUCCGCGGUGACGUUAUCGGCAGAGCUGAACCAUGUGACAGAUACGUCAGCCUUGGGGGAAGGGGAGGGGCUACAGAGCUCUCUGGGUGAUGAGGAUGAGGAGGAACUGGAUGAAGAUAUGUCAGGAGGUACACCUACAGACGGUUCACCCAAAGCAGUGCUGCAUCACAGUAAGACCAGAAAAGAAAAGGGGAAGGGCCAGAAAGGAAAAGUGAAUCCAGGAAAGAGGAGGAACAAGAACAGCAGUAAAAGUACCACAACCUUCAACCCUGAACACACGUCAGGACACACGUUGGAGUUCACGGCCGAGCACACACACCAGACGUCAGGACGUGUUACAGAGGACCCUUGUAACUCCUCCCAUCAGGCAUAUUGUAUCCAUGGAAACUGCAAGUACAUGGCAGACCUGAGGGAGCCAGUGUGUGUCUGUGAGAAGGGUUACGAUGGGGAGCGCUGUGGCAUCCUGCUCCUGCCUACGAGGACGGAUGAAGAGGAGGAGAGAAGCAUCGCUGAGGUGGUUCAGACUGUCCUGGUCAUCAUAGCUGUGGUCCUCUCCAGCAUCAGCUGCCUCGCCAUACUGCUCAUGACCUGGACACAUUACAGGACUCAUAAGAACUUCCUGGUUGCCUACCUGGCCUCCGGCAGUGAGAAGGAACAGCUCCAGAAAACCACACCCUGUGACAUCACGGUGUGACCAUCAGCAGAGAACUUAAAGGUCUGGAACCAUAAUUUAGAACCAUGAGAACCGAGACAAUCAGAGGAGAACCGGUGCCGACUCCUGCCCAGCGGAGUGAUCGACUGAACGGACGCUACAACUCCAGACAGUAGAGCGUUCUGUAGAAGAACCAGCGUAGAACCGUCUUGAAGAACCAGCGUAGAACCGUCUUGUUGUUUAUUUAUUUGAUUUGACUUAUUUAUUGAGGACAGAGCUUUGUUUUGACUGGUUUUGUGUUAGAUGUGAUUGGACCGUGAUGUUGAGCAUACCGUCCAAUCAUUUCACUACUAAGUUAUUGCUUAUUUAUUGCCAUGCGUCUCCUAGGGAACAACAGAGAGAUACAGCUAUCGAUAAUCCUGGACAUAGAUGGAAUCUAUCGGUUCACUAAUAAAGUCCUUCAGUGUUAUAAGAAAUGUCUUUAUGUUUGUUUGUGUGUGCCUGCAUGCGUGGGUGUAUGUGGGUGAGUCCUGUACCCAAACACAGACACACAAUAAAGUGGCAGAGGGAGAGAGAGAGAAUAACUCUGACAAAGGACCUCAGCAAAUAGUUCUAAUAUUUAAUUAUCUCUCUUUGUCUCUCUCUGUGAUGUCACAAAGGGAUGGAAUGCAUUAUUUAUGACAUCACCGAAGUAGGAUUUUAAAAUGGAAUGGAACACUCCGAAGCAUCCGAUAGGUUCCGCAAACCAUAGCAUCAUAGUUCUCAUGUAUUCUCCUGGGAGUGAAUCUGGAACAAAGUGACAUGUAUUGAAUGAAAGGAUUGGAACUAUCAUAAAGAUACAAAAGAAAAAUAUUAAUCAUUAAUCAUAUUAAUCAUUAUCCUUUAUCUCAUUCUGGAGCCAACCUAAACUAUGGAUGUU